AUGCUAUCCAGAAUUGGCUUUCACAAUUUGCGACCGAGGUCGUCCCAAAUGUCGUUUAUCACGCACUACUAUUCCACCAGUGAAAAUACUGUUAAUAUUGCAGAAGAUUCUGACGCGUAUGACAGAGAUGACUUUGACACGCGUCACGGGCCGGGCGGCCAGGGCCAAAGUCAAACACGCCGACAUCAGUCGAAAACUAAUAUACAUAGGCAUAAUGAAGACCCGUUCAGGGAACACAUCGGCACCUCGAGGCAAAGUAGUAGUGAUAGUAAUAGUACCAGACACGUAGACAGUGAAAUUAUGGCUGGAUUAAACUUACAACCUGGAAGUACCGUCAACGGCGAGUCUAGGCUUCGGUCACGAAGUGAUGUCGACCGCCGGUCCAAGCCCCCCACGUUCAGGUACACGCCCCAGGCUCUCCUGAGCAACCCCAGUUUCAACAAGGGCACGGCAUUCACCGAGGACGAGCGAGAGAAGUUCAACCUAACGGGCGUCAUUCCUCCCGUAAUCGAGUCGCUUGAGCAGCAGGUAGCACGAACACAGCAACAGCUUGACGGCUUCCCUGUCCCCUUGGACAAAUACAUCUACCUGGCUGCACUGGCGCGUAACAACGAGACUCUGUUCUACGCAACUCUCUUGAACGACCUUAAGGGCUGCCUUCCUAUUGUAUACACCCCCACAGUCGGAGAGGCGUGUCAGAAGUACGCGCACAUCCUACGCGGUCAUCAGGGUCUGUUCAUCGAUGCUAAGCACCACAAGGGAAAGAUUGACACGAUCCUCAACAACUGGCCCGUGGAUGAUGUGGAUAUCAUUGUAGUCACCGAUGGGUCUCGUAUCCUUGGACUGGGUGAUCUAGGCGUGAACGGCAUGGGUAUUCCGAUUGGAAAGCUUUCGCUCUAUGUAUCUGCUGCUGGCCUGCACCCCGCGCGUACUCUUCCCAUCACUUUGGAUAUGGGUACCAACAACCAGGACAACAUCAACGACCCUCUCUACAUCGGUCGAAAGGAACCACGUGUAGGCGAUGAAGAGUUCCACGCCACCGUCGACGAGUUCAUGUCCGCCGUCAAGCAGCGUUGGCCCGACUGUCUGGUGCAGUUCGAAGACUUCAGCACCGACCACGCCUUUGAGCUACUAGCGCGUCACCGUGAGCGACAGCUGUGCUUCAACGACGACAUCCAGGGCACCGCAGCCGUGGUGCUGUCCGGCUUCAUCGCCGCCACACUACAGAACGGCAUGGACUUCAAAGACCACCGCUGCUUGUUCUUUGGCGCCGGUAGUGCCGGGGUCGGGGUGGCCGAGCUGAUUGUGCAGUACCUACAGCAGCAGGGGUUGACCGCUGAGGAGGCCCGUCAGUGCUUCUGGCUGGUGGACUCUAAGGGUCUGAUCACCAGCACGCGUGGCGACAAGCUGCCUGCGCACAAGGUCGGUCUGCAGCGCCACGAUGUGCCCGCGGAUGAGCAGAAGACUUCUCUGCUGGAAGUGGUGAAGUACGUUAAGCCCACGUGCAUGUUCGGCCUGUCCACCCAGCCUGGUACCUUCACAGAGGAGAUCUGCAACCUGCUUGCAUCGUAUAGCGAGCGUCCCUUGAUCUUCCCCUUGUCCAACCCCACCAGCAAAGCCGAGUGCACCGCUGAGCAGGCGUAUAAGUGGACAAAUGGCAAGUGCAUCUUCGGUGCAGGCUCUCCCUUCGACCCCGUAGAGCUCAACGGCAAGACCUUCUUACCCGGACAAGCAAAUAACCUGUACAUAUUCCCUGGGCUUGGUUUGGGAUCUCUGGUCAUUGGUGCUAAGAGAGUCACAGACGAGAUGGUUAUGGCUGCCAGUGAGACCUUGGCCAAGCUGGUGACCAAAGAGGAGGCGGAGCUGGGUAUGGUAUACCCCAAUCUGGAUCGUAUCCGUGAAAUUAGUGUGUCGAUUGCGUCUGCGGUGGCAGAGACUGCCGUCAAACAGGGCCUGGCCAAUCCCCUAGAGGAAGGCACUAUGGAGGACCUCAUGCGUGCAAACAUGUACUAUCCCAAGUACCACCCCAUCCAGACAGACAUUGCGCUAUAGUAGAUCAAUGCGUUGGAUGCGGUAAGACACGCUACCUGUGCCGGUAGAUAGAGGAGAAGCAUGCUUACACCUGGUUCUAGAGGGAUUCUUGUAGGGAUUCUUGUAUAAGAGGGUAUAUAUAUAUCCCUCCAGGGCUAGGUAGCACUUUUUCUGGCGAGCUCGCAGAUAAGCGUAGCUAUUUACACGGUCACAACGCGUGAGUAAAGUCCAGUGUAUGACCAACUAAGAAUCAUUUAAAACAAAAAUAUUAGUCAAGGAUAUUUUAAAAUGAAAUUAAAAAGAAUGAUUUACA